CGGAACUUUUUCCUGAUCUCAUGCGUUGUUCUCUGCGAGCCAAUCUCGUCAACGAUGCUCUUACCAUUCGUAUACUUUAUGGUUAAGGAUUUUGGAUAUGCGGAGGAGAAAAUUGGCUCGCGGGCUGGAAUUAUCACGUCUUGUUUUUUCGUUGUUCAGAUGUUCUCUACCCCUCUCUGGAGCAUGUGGUCAAACAGAGCAGGUCGGAAAGUGACACUCCUAACGGGCCUAUUCUUCACCGCGGUCGGCAUGGUUUUGUUCGGCCUGUCUCGUUCCUUAGUCAAAGCCAUUCUGGCACGCUCCUUUUGCGGCCUUUUGAACGGCAACUUCCCGGUUGCCCGUACAAUGGUCGGAGAGCUUGCCGAGAAAUCAGGGACGGACAAAGGAAAGGCUUUCUCGCUCUUUGGCUUCACUCUUGCCGCAGGAUGGUUGCUUGGCCCAAUGAUCGGAGGUGGGCUCGCAAGGCCCGCAAUCCAAUUCGGGGUUUCGGGUCCAAAAGACGUCUUUGUUCAUUUCCCUUACCUUUUGCCGUGUCUCUGUGGGGGACUCAUCAACCUCGUUGUUUUCGUUGCAAGCUGGUGCUUAUUGGAAGAUACGAAACCAAGUCUCCCUAAAGAUGUUCGGCCUAACUCAGCCGAAACCGAUCCUCUACUUGACCCUGGCCAAGUGGAAGAAGCUGGCGCCGGUUGCACUCCUAAUAGCGGCAGUCCCAGCGUGUCAAACCGGCGUGUCUAUAUUCUGUGCCUUGUGAGUGUAUUGUUCUUCUUCACUCAUGCCAUCUUGUUCGACGAGCUCUUUUCACUCUUUACAGCAUACAGUUUGUCAUUUGAACCUGGAGAUAUUGCCUCGGCGCUGAUUGUUUCGGGGCCUGCCAUGUUGAUUUCAAUGCUAGGUUUUCCUCCGGUUCAUAAGCGCGUCAGUUCACUGCAGCUCUAUCGGUGGUCUUCUUUUGUUUUUGUGAUUAUAUACCCUCUUUUUUCUCUUGUGCCUCAUGUCAAGCAUGCAGGCAAUGGCUGGGUUUGGGCGAGCUUGGUGAUAUUGAUCGCACUUCGAUACUCGACUCUGGUGGUCUCUCUCACUAGCGUAAACAUCCUGGUA